UCAUCGUUCUUCUGAACGACAUCACCAGCACAAACUCCUAGCUUUAGGUUACAUUUAACAGCUUAGUAGCCAUAUAUAAGCUGAUUCGUAUCUGAAAGGAAUUUAAUCAACAGUCACAUAAAGCGGCUAUCGGCUUCUCGUUAAUUAACGAGAUGAAUAAUCAUUGGAAUUCAAAACUAACUUUAUUUCACUUGCAGGAACCAAGGACUCAAUAUCGCUGAACGUUCAGCAAGGAUACAUAAGUCUGUUUGAAUGCCUCAAUUCAGUUUGUGGUUACAGUAGUCGAGUGUUUGGAUUCAUUAGGGUAAACUCAGUCAGAAACCCGGAAUUGUUUUUCUGUGGCAUGGUCCAAGCGUAUAAAAGUCAGUCGGCGUACGGUAAAAUGUCAUAACAUAGUGGAUGUCAACCACUCGUUAUAUUUAGUUUUUAUGCCUAUGGGGACUCAAAAUUACUGUAUAAUCCUGGUGGGUCGACCCAAGAUGUAACUCUCAAGUUUCUGUUUUAGUGAAACUCCAAAGUAUCUUUCCUUUUUGUCAUUGCUAUCCGGCUACCCGUUUUGCUAAAUGUUUACCGUAUAUUUUAACUUAUAUUUCUGUUUCUGCUACGUAUAUAUAAAACUUCUUAUUCGAAUAGUUAACUGGACGCUUUCUUAUGAACAAAAAUUUGUAAAUAACACAGCUACCGAUGAAAAAGUCAAUAUAAUAAUAGACUGCUAUUGAAGUUGGCAAACUUGGUAUUGCCGGACCUCUUUUAAAAUGGAUUAAGAAUUUCCUAGUAGGUCGUAGGCAAAAAGUAAGAAUGAAUUCCAAGUGCUCCAUCUGGAGACCAGUACUUAGUGGAGUACCCCAAGGUUCCGUCCUAGGUCCUUUACUUUUUAUAAUGUACGUUAAUGAUCUUACAAGUAUAGUACAGUCUCCAAUGUUAUUAUACGCUGACGAUGUAAAAAUUUGGCGAGUAAUAACUGGAGACACAGACGCAUUUACUCUUCACGCGGACUUAAAUAAUAUGAUAAACUGGUCUAAAGAGUGGCUAAUGCCUAUCAACUCGGAAAAGUGUGUCUACAUGCACUUGGGGGAUUCAAAGGUUAAUACGUACAACAUAGGGGAUGUGUCAUUACCCGUAGUCCGGUCUCAUAAAGACCUAGGGGUGACAGUGAGCAAUGAUCUUAAGACGACGACCCAUUGCCGGGAGGUCGCAGUUAAGGGGUUUCGAACCCUCUGGGCUUUAAAAAGGACAUUCACUAAGCUUGAUACUACCAUGUUUACCACAUUAUACACAUCCUUAGUGAGAACUAAGUUAGAGAACUGUGUUCAGGCUGCAUGCCCCUGUUUAAAAGGGAACUCAGACAUACUAGAAAAGGUACAGAGGGCAGCUACGCGUGCAAUUCCGGAACUCCGGGGUUUAUCAUAUAAAGAGCGGCUUGAAAAACUGAACCUCUUUACACUGUCCUAUCGCAGACUAAGGGGAGAUCUAAUAUUGAUGUACAGAAUACUGAGAAAUGAUUUCGGACCUAACUUAUUCUCUCUCUUUCUUCCCACUAGAUCGGGACACCUCAGAGGACAUAGCAGGCGAGUAGAAAAGCCAAGAACGAACAAAAUACCCCUGGCAUACAGGUUUUCACACCGAGUCAUCAAUACUUGGAACCUGCUGCCUGAAGCAGUGGUAUCCGCACCUUCAAUUGACUCUUUCAAGAGAAGACUGGACACUCACAGAAGCAUACUAGAAAAGGAAUAACAUAGGCCGUAGGCCUUCUGUCCUUACUACACAAAUCCGAAUCUG